GGAGGAGGAGGUUGAAGAGGAGGUCUGUGUGCAGGAUUCCAUCACACUUAGCAACAGCUUUGUUGUUACCAUGGCAAUGCUGUGUAAUGUUCUCUGCUCCCGCCUCGUCCUCUCUCGCUCUCUUGUCUCUCUCUCGUCUUCACUUUCUCCCUGCGUUGCCACGGCGAUUCUCUGGGAUGAGGAGCCGCAUCGUUCAGCGGCAGUGUCGGAGUGUUGAGCCGAGCAGGACGUCCACAGACGAUCCUUCAUCCUCUCCGAGACGCUGUCAUUUACCCCGCUUUGACCUUUUGUCAACUUUGACCCCUCGCUUCCUCCGUCACAGCAGAUCAGAGAUCAGUGCCAUUUCUGGUCGGCUGCUGGCUGACGUCACUGCAAGUUGGAUGAACUUCCGUCUUUUCCCAACACCAAUUGGCAUCCAUGUUGGCAGUCUGACAGCUGGCCGACGGCAACUCACCUCCUUCUCCUCCUCCUCUACACUGAUAUGAACGUGGAGGUGCAGGAGUCACCGCUGUCCCUGGAGGAGGAACUGCAGGAAGAGGAGGAGGAAGAGGAACAGGAAGAUGUUCCACAACUGGAAGAUGAGAUGAAACUUGAGGAGGAGAUACAGGAGGAGGAGAUGCAGUGGACGGAAGAGGUGCAGCGGGAGGAACAGGAAACUGAGGAAGCAGAAAGGCAGGAGGUACAAGAGGAGGGGGAGCAGAAAGAGGGAGAGCAACAAACGGAGCAGGAAAAUGAGGUGGUGCAACAGGAGGAGGUGGUGCAGAUUGUCAAGAUGUUGCAGGAGGAUCCGACUGAAGAAGUGCAGGAGGAAGAGGAGGUGCAACAGGACGAAAAGCAACAUAUGAAGGUAGUGUUACAAGAGGAGGAUGAGAUGCAGCAGCAGGAGGAAGAGCAAGAAAUGGAGGACGUGCAAAAAUAUGAUGAGGUACUUCUAGUGUGGGAGGACAAGGUGCAGCAGGAGGAAGAGGUGGAGGAAAAGGAAGUGAAGCAAGAGUGGGAGGAGGAGGUGCAGCAAAUUGACAAGUUUGAGCGGGAAAAUCCCACUGAGGAGGUGCAACUAAAUGACCAGCAGCAAGGGAAAGAGGAGGAGGAGGAGAUGAAGCAGGGAGAAGCACAACAAAUUAAGGUGGUAGUUCAAGAUGAAAACGAAGAGAUACAGCAACUUUACUUGGAGGAGGUGCAGCAAGAGGUAGAGCAAGAAUUGGAGGAGGUCCUGCAAGAGGAGGAAGAGGAGAUGCAGCAGGUGGAGGUGGAAAAGGAGAAUAAGAUACAGCAAGAGGAAGAGGAGAAUUAUAAGGAGAAUGUGCAGCUUGAAGAAGAACAUCAAAUGGAGCAAUUCCAGGAAGAGAUUCCACAAGAGGAGGUGAAGGCAAAUGAGGUGCAGCAAGGGUGGAAUGAGGAGGAGGAGGAGUUGCAGGAUUUUGUGGAUCUUUUGGAUCAAAACCACAACAGUCAGGUUCUGAAUCGCCUCAGAGGAAUGCAGAAAUAUAAAAACACAUCACAGAGGCUCAAAGCGGUUCUGGACCAAAUGGACCACGGUGUAGUGGACCUGCAGGAGCUGCGUUGCAACUUGCAGCUGGCGGUUUCAAUGCUGGACACCGUCUACACGGAUGAGACCAAACGUCUUCUGGAUCCCGAAGAUGAGCUCAGUGAAUUGCAGGCUGAGUCGGUGCCCAGCGAGGUGCGUGAUUGGCUGGCGUGCACCUUCAGCAGGAAGAUGGGAGUGGCCAAGCGUCGCUCUGAGGAGAAGCCCAGAUUCCGCAGCAUCGUUCACGCCGUGCAAGCGGGAAUAUUUGUGGAGAGGAUGUACAGACGGACUUCUAACAUGGCUGGACUCACGUACCCACCCACGGCUCUGACAGCUCUGAAGGACGUAGAUCAGUGGUCCUUUGAUGUGUUUGCCCUACAUGAGGCCACUGGGGACCAUGCCCUCAAGUUCCUGGUCUAUGAGCUGCUGACCCGCUAUGACCUCAUCACCAGGUUCAGGAUCCCGGUCCCAGCUCUGGUGCAGUUCGUGGAGGCUUUGGAGAAUGGCUACAGUAAACACAAAAACCCAUACCACAACCUGGUCCAUGCCGCUGACGUCACCCAGACAGCACACUUCCUGAUGCUACAUACUGGACUCAUGCACUGGCUCAGUGAGUUGGAGAUUCUAGCGAUGGUGUUUGCAGCGGCCAUUCAUGACUUUGAGCAUACAGGAACAACCAACAACUUCCACAUCCACACAAGGUCGGAGGUGGCCAUCUUUUACAAUGACAGGUCAGUGCUGGAGAACCACCACGUGAGCGCCGCCUACAGGCUAAUGGCGGAGGAGGACACCAAUAUCUUGAUCAACCUGAACAAGGACGACUGGAGGGAGCUGAGGGCGCUCGUCAUUGAGAUGGUGAUGUCCACUGACAUGUCGUGUCACUUCCAGCAGAUCAAGACCAUGAGGAACACCCUGACACAGUCACAUGGUGUGGACAAAGUGAAGGUCUUAUCUCUGAUGCUUCAUGCCGCCGAUAUCAGUCAUCCUGCCAAAGCGUGGCCGCUGCACUUCCGCUGGACGCACAGCCUGAUGGAGGAGUUCUUCAGACAGGGAGACAAAGAAGGCGAACUCGGACUUCCUUUUUCACCUCUUUGUGAUCGCAAGGCCACCAUGAUAGCACAAUCUCAGAUUGGUUUUAUUGACUUCAUCGUGGAGCCGACAUUCAGUGUUCUUGUGGACAUGACAGAAAAGGUGAUUGGUCCUCUGAUAGACGAGGAAAGAAAGGCCCGGGAGACAGGAAACAGGCGGUCUAGCCUAACAGGAAGUGGCUCUGUCACUGUGGAGUCUGUCCAACGACAUAACAGCGGUCGCCAUGGCAGCAGUGAUGACGGGCAGCUGGACUUCUCCUUGACCGCCAUUGACCUGCCGGCGCUAAGGGCGCACCUGUCUGGUGUCAUUGCCGGCAACAAGGAGCGAUGGAAAGAACUCUCUGUGGACGAGUUAGCCAAUAAGGAGCAAGAAGAGCAGGAGAGGGCGGAUUCUAAGGACCAAACACAGGACUCCAAUGACCUCGAAGCUGCGGACCACUCCACAUGGAAUGGGGUGGGGUCAGGAGAGGAGCAGGAAGACGAAAACACCUGAUGGACAUCCACUGUGAAGCGUUUGAGGGGAAACCGUCGUCUUGGCGAAAGAAGCGCAGUGACAGAACCAGUCCUGGGGAGCCUCAAGGGCCCUCCAGGAGGCCUCCAGAUCUUUUGUUUACUAGUGACGAUGAAGGCAUCAUGCGCUUCCUAGCAGCUUCAUUGUCCAAACAUAGUGGGGCGGAGCUAUGGAGCUGAUAGGAAGUACCCGUGUCGUUUGUCCCAUUAGAGGCAGGGAGGGUCCACAUGUAUAACACUGUAGAUGAAUCUAGAAGCUAUCAAGCCUGCAUGUCCCACCAUGCAUCAGUGCUGUGGAUCACUGCUCUACUAGCGCAGCUUCUGAUGUUUUUACGCUCAUCACUGUUGCUUCUUCUGGCUGUCAAUAAAGAUCAACCAUCAAAAUGGUUUCACCCCCAAACUGUUCAGCCAGCGAAGGGGCAGGGCCUCCAUCACGACAUUCUUCUGAGCACUGUGUCUGUUCAUGUGAUGUGUGCUGUCGCUAUUGUGCACUUUGUGUGUGUGUGUGUGUGUAUGAGAGUGUGCACUGUACAGCUAGCUUCUGUAAACUUGUAUUAAACAUUUUCAACUUGGUCCA